UUCUAUAUGGGCCACCUUGUGUCGAAGGAACCGCGUAAGCGCCCGAGCCAGAAGAGGCCUCGCUGUUGCAGCUGGUGCCGCCGCCGGCGCCCCCUCCUCAGGCUGCCCCGCCGGACCCCGGCCAAGGCGCCUCCUCAGGCGGCGGCGGCGGCGGCGGCGCCCGGGAGCCGGGACUGCUUCUUCCGCGGGCCCUGCAUGCUCUGCUUCAUCGUGCACAGCCCCGGCGCGCCCGCCCCCGCCGGCCCAGAGGAGGAGCCGCCGCUCUCGCCGCCGCUGCUGCCGCCGCCGCCGCCGCGGGACGGGGCCUACGCCGCCGCCGCCUCCUCGCAGCACCUGGCGCGGCGCUACGCGGCCCUGGCCGCCGAGGACUGCGCCGCCGCCGCCCGCCGCUUCCUGUUAUCAUCGGCCGCCGCCGCCGCUGCCGCCGCCGCCUCGGCCUCGUCGCCGGCCUCGUGCUGUAAAGAGCUGGGGCUGGCCGCGGCCGCCGCCUGGGAGCAGCAGGGCCGGAGCCUCUUCCUGGCCAGCGUGGGGCCCGUGCGCUUCCUGGGGCCUCCCGCCGCCGCCGUGCAGCUCUUCCGGGGGCCGCCGCCUCCUCCGCCGCCGGCCGAGCCCUCCACGCCCCCCGAGAUGGUGUGCAAGCGGAAAGGGGCCGGGGUCCCCGCCUGCACCCCCUGCAAGCAGCCCCGCUGCGGCGGCGGGGGCUGCGGCGGCGGCGGCGGCGGAGGAGGAGGAGGAGGAGGAGGGCCUGCCGGGGGAGGCGCCUCGCCGCCGCGGCCCCCCGACGCCGGCUGCUGCCAGGCCCCCGAGCAGCCCCCGCCGCCGCUCUGCCCCCCGCCCUCGUCCCCCGAAGGGGCCCCCUCCGAGGCCGCCGGGGCCGGGGGCACCGCCCCCUCGCCCGCCCCGCAGCAGCAGCAGCAGCAGCAUGAAUGCAGAGACGCGAGCUGUCAGGAGCACCCCGGAAACCCCUGCGACUGCCCCAGGGAGCCGCCCCCCGAAAGCCCAGACAUCAACCAGCUGCCGCCGUCCAUCCUGCUGAAGAUAUUUUCCAAUUUGUCCCUGGAUGAGCGUUGCCUUUCCGCAUCGUUGGUUUGCAAGUACUGGCGUGACCUUUGCUUAGAUUUCCAGUUCUGGAAGCAGCUGGAUCUCAGUAGUCGGCAGCAGGUCACUGAUGAAUUAUUGGAAAAAAUUGCGUCAAGAAGUCAGAAUAUAAUUGAAAUCAACAUUUCUGAUUGUCGCAGUAUGUCUGACACUGGAGUAUGUGUUUUAGCAUUCAAGUGUCCUGGACUUCUUAGGUAUACAGCCUACAGGUGUAAACAGCUUUCUGACACCUCCAUUAUUGCGGUGGCCUCGCACUGUCCUUUGCUGCAGAAAGUACAUGUAGGUAAUCAGGACAAACUUACUGACGAAGGACUCAAACAGCUGGGCUCAAAAUGCAGAGAACUUAAAGAUAUUCACUUCGGACAGUGUUACAAGAUCUCAGAUGAAGGCAUGAUUGUCAUAGCGAAGGGCUGUCUGAAAUUGCAAAGAAUAUACAUGCAGGAGAACAAAUUAGUGACAGAUCAGUCUGUGAAAGCAUUUGCAGAACACUGUCCUGAGCUCCAGUAUGUUGGCUUCAUGGGUUGUUCGGUCACGUCUAAAGGCGUCAUUCACCUCACCAAGCUGAGAAACCUUUCCAGCUUGGACCUACGUCAUAUCACUGAACUGGAUAAUGAAACUGUGAUGGAAAUUGUCAAGAGGUGCAAAAAUCUUAGCUCUCUCAAUCUCUGCCUGAACUGGAUCAUAAAUGACAGGUGUGUGGAGGUCAUUGCAAAGGAAGGACAAAACCUGAAAGAGCUGUAUUUGGUGUCCUGUAAAAUCACAGAUUAUGCCCUGAUUGCCAUUGGGCGCUACAGCAUGACCAUAGAGACGGUGGAUGUCGGAUGGUGCAAGGAAAUCACAGACCAAGGAGCCACCUUGAUUGCGCAAAGCAGCAAGUCUCUGCGGUACUUGGGGCUGAUGAGAUGUGAUAAAGUCAAUGAAGUGACAGUGGAGCAGCUGGUGCAGCAGUACCCACACAUCACCUUCAGCACUGUCCUGCAAGACUGCAAGAGGACCUUGGAGAGAGCCUACCAGAUGGGCUGGACCCCCAACAUGUCGGCCGCCACCUCUUAAUACCCAGGCUCUUGCAGGGUCAUUCAGCAGGCCCAAGGGGCCAUGUAGAUUUGGGGUGGGAAUCUCCUGAGUGGUUUUAGCUGUCACCUGUGUGCGUGUGUUCCGGAGUGUGUCCUCUUGUGUGCCGUUUGCUUACCAAGCAGCCCGAGCGCACCUAUUACCUGUUCCCCAGUGAGCUGGACUUUGUUAAAAUUUACAGAUCAUGAGAGCCGCAAACAUUUUUGUUUUUAAGUUCAAAGGCUUACUUCUCUAGUAAGUAUUUUUUAAAUAUCCAUUCAAACAGAUUGAGUG